AUGUGUCACGACUCUCAUCCAUCAAAGGAGCCUGGCCCUGAGCCGCUGGCUAUUGUAGGCAUGGCCCUGCGUCUUCCAGGGGGCGUCAACACGCCGGAGGAUUUCUGGAACUUCCUCCUCAACAAGCAAAAUGGUCACGGCCAGGUACCUGGGUCCCGGUACAACAUUGAUGCCUUCCACCAUCCCUCGCGAACGGGUUCGGUGCGGACGAAGGAUGGAUAUUUUCUCCCUGAGGAUCCAGCUUAUUUUGACCACCAGUUCUUCUCGCUGACCCCAUUUGAAGCCUCUCGACUAGACCCUCAACAGCGUCUCCUACUCGAGGUCAUCUAUGAGUGCAUGGAAUCCAGUGGACAGGUGGGGUGGCGUGGCCGAGGGAGGAAGAUCGGCUGCUUUGUCGGUGUAUUCGGCGAGGAUUGGUACGACCUGCAGUCCAAGGACACGCAGAGGAUAGACCGAUUGCAUGUUCUCGGAACAGGAAACUUCGCGCUCUCCAAUCGCAUCUCCUAUGAGUUUGACCUUACAGGGCCGAGCAUGACGUUGGCGACGGGGUGUUCGUCGUCCAUGGUAGCGCUGCACGAAGCCUGCCAGGCGAUAUUAUUGGGAGAUUGCGAGUCGGCGAUUGUGGCUGGCACAAACCUCAUCCUGACUCCGACCAUGACCACCACGAUGUCAGACAACCUGGUGCUAUCGCCCAGCGGUAUUUGCCGUACCUUCGACGCUGGAGCCGACGGCUACGGUAGGGCUGAGGGAGUGAAUGCACUGUAUAUCAAGCGUCUUGCUGAUGCCAUCCGCGAUGGAGACCCCAUCCGCGCGGUCAUCCGCGCCACAGCGACCAACUGCGAUGGACGGACCCCAGGCAUCACUACCCCCGGCUCAGUCACGCAGAUGGCGCUUGUCAAAGAAGCGUACAAGCGCGCACAAAUCUCGAGAAUCACAGAUACAGGAUUCUUUGAGUGCCAUGGCACGGGCACAGUCGCAGGAGAUACUGCGGAGACAUCGGUGGUUGGAGAUCUAUUUCGCGAAGCUGGCGUCGUUAUCGGCUCGGUAAAACCCAAUAUGGGCCACUCAGAGGGUGCAUCGGGAAUUACGAGCAUAAUAAAGACUGCUCUGGCGCUCAAACAUCGCACCAUCCCACCGAACAUCUUCUUCAGUUCUCCCAAUCUGAAUAUACCGUUCGAGGAGUGCAAGCUAGUCGUGCCAGUCGAUGCUAUGCCAUGGCCAGCGCAUAAAGAACUCCGGGCCAGUGUGAAUUGCUUCGGUAUCGGGGGAGCCAAUGCGCAUGCCAUUCUCGAACCAGCGCCAAUAUCGUGUCGAGAAGUUCAGGCUUUGGUUGCCCAGCAGCCUCAUGAAACUACAAAGAAGCUGUUGGUAUUGUCCGCAGCUAGUGCGCAAGCUCUCUCCGAACGCGCCGGGAGUCUGGAGCGAUUUUUGGCGAACACAAGCUUGGGUCUGAAUGAUGUUGCCUACACCCUUGGAGUAAGAAGGGAGCAUCUGAAGUACCGCACCUUUGCGAUUGUCUCUUCCGACAUCGAGUUUAGCCCGCAAGAAUCCCCUCUGGAGGCUUCAUCGUCUCCCGAAGUCACCUUAGUCUUCACAGGCCAAGGUGCACAAUGGGCUGGAAUGGCUCGCGAGUUGCUCGAAAAUUGCAAAGACUUCAAGAACGACGUUGAGCACAUGGAUGAAGUGUUGCGGUCUGCAAAGCCUGCUCCGUCAUGGUCGAUAGCAGACACCUUGUUAGUACCAGAGGCGCAAUCACAGAUUCAUGAUUCACGUCUCUCUCAGCCUAUUUGCACUGCGAUUCAGAUUGCGAUAGCCAACCUGCUCAGAAAUUGGGGUUUUAAGGUGUCGAGUGUGAUAGGACAUUCCAGCGGAGAGAUUGCGGCAGCCUACGCGGCCGGGGCUUUCUCGCUUCGCAGCGCGAUAAUGAUUGCCUAUCAUCGUGGAAGGUUGACCCAAGGUGUAAGCAAUGGUUCUAUGGCUGCAAUUGGCCUCGCACGCAACGAGGUUGAGCCAUGGUUGGUAGAGGGUGCUGUCAUAGCCUGUGAGAACAGUCCUCAAAGCAUAACGAUCUCAGGUGACACACAAGCAGUCAAUGCGACCAUUGACGCAAUUCGUACUGCAUACCCAGACGCAUUCUGCCGGAUGCUAAAGGUUAAAAAGGCCUAUCAUUCUCCAAAGAUGCAGCCCAUGGCCGCGGACUAUGCUGCGGCUAUUGCCCCCGAAAUUGAAACAGUCGCCCCACACAUGAUACCGAUGUAUUCCACUGUGGUUGAUGAGGUGAUCCAGGACUCCGGUAGGCUCGACAGUGACUACUGGAGCCGUAACCUGAUCUCGACUGUCGAGUUCAACAAAGCGAUGAAGACCAUGCUCCGAACCAAGCCCGACCAUGAUCGGCUUUUCAUCGAGGUCGGGCCUCAUAGUGCGCUUCAGGGGCCGCUGCGUCAGGUAUUUGACUCGAUCAAAUCCAAGGGACAGAAUUGGUACAUUCCAACCUUGGUACGGGAUCACAGUGCGGAGGAUGCCCUCCUUCGCGCAGCAGGACUGGCUUAUGGCAGAGGGGCUGAGAUUGACCUUUUGCGCAUCAACGGCCCAGGAAAAGUUGUUGACUCUCUGCCACGGUACCCAUGGCAACAUACAGAGCGGCACUGGAGCGAGAGUCGGCUGAGUGAGAACUGGCGACUGCGGGAGUUUCCUCAUCACGAGCUUCUCGGAUCCAGGGUACUCGAGUCAAGCCCUAUGGAGCCUUCGUGGCGUAAUGUGCUUCAUAUCCACAAUUCCACCUGGUUAGGGCAUCAUAAGCUGUUCCGGGAUACCGUAUAUCCUUGCGCUGCAUAUGUGGCGAUGGUCGGGGAAGCCAUUCGCCAGCAUUGCCACUGCGAAGGAUAUGAAAUUCGAAACUUGAUCCUCAAGAAGCCACUUUUCCUUCAGGAAACAAGCGGCACCGAGGUCCUCACGUCUCUUAGGCCCGAACGAUUGAGCGAUAUUGCUGACUCCGAGUGGUUUGAGUUUACGGUUCUUGCCUUAGACGGCACCGAGUGGAGCAAGUACUGCCAUGGUCAAAUACGAGCGAUUGCUCCGACAGCGCUACCGAAAGUCAGCAAACAACCCCGUUGGACGCGGGGAGUAGAGCCGGCGGAUUGGUAUCAAUUUCUGGCUCGCCUGGGGCUCAAUUAUGGAACAAGCUUCCAGCGAAUGAAGGACAUAACGGCCGACCCGGUAGAGCAUCAGGCGAAUGCAACUGUGCUUGAGAGCAGCAGUGACUAUGAAGGCGAUUACCUGGUACAUCCAACGGUAAUUGAUCACUGCCUUCAACUAUUGUCAGUCGCUGUGGUCAAUGGAAUUCGAAGACACGCCACCUCGUUGGCUAUCCCAGCCUUCAUCGAUCGGAUUAGCAUCACGCAGACUGAAGGAGAUAUGUGGAUUCAAACUGAUACAUGCAACAUCUUAUCCUCGACCAGCAUGUCCGGAAAUGUCAGUAUGCUUAGCAAAGGGGGACCGGCAUUGGUAAUCAACGGAGCGACUUGUAUUUCUCUCGCCAAUGAUGAGCCAGAUAAUGAGAGCCCAAUUCCUCUCAUGUCUCAGGUGGAAUGGGCGCCAUGCCUUGACCUCAUCUCGCCGGCAGAAUGGCUGCCUCCCAAGACCGAGGAAAGGGGUUUGUCGCUGAUGGCAGAACUCACAUGUUUCUACAUUUUAGAAACCACAUCCCAGAUUGCAGGCUUAGUACCCGCGACCACACAUCUGGCAAAGUACCAGUCAUGGCUGAUGAGAAUACACGAUCAGCUCGUUAAUCAAACCACCCAAAAUUUUCUUCAGAUUCGCUGGCAAGACAUGACCAGUGAGGAGAGACAUGGUCGAGUCGCCAAGAUUCAAGAGCAACUCGCGCUGCUAGGACGAGGUGUUGACAGACUAGGAGAAGUCUUGAGACAGGUAUCUGAGAAUGCAAGACGAAUUAUACAGGGCCACGUUGCUCCACUGGAAGUCUUGUCCAUGGAUAUCUUGCGAGAUGUGUAUGACUUCAAUAGCUCGCUCUCAGACUGGAAGCCAUUCAUGUCGCUGGUCGGCCACUGGAACCCUCGGGUCAGGGUUCUCGAGAUUGGCGCUGGCACAGGGGCUACCUGCGAACAUGUGAUGAGUUCCCUGCGAUCGAAAGGCGGGGAGAGAGCCUGGGCCAGUUACACCUUCACUGACAUAUCACCGGCCUUCUUUUCAGCUGCAGCAGAAAGGUUUAGCGAGCACGAGAAUAUCGUGUUCCAAACACUCGACAUCACCCAGGACCCUCUCCAGCAGGGAUUUAUCUCGUCUUCAUAUGACCUGAUCAUCAUCUCUAAUGUCAUUCAUGCCACGCCUUCGCUCCGCGGUGCAUUGAGAAAUGUCUAUAAUCUCCUGGCUCCCGGAGGAUUCCUUGUACUACAAGAGCUCUGUCCCGACAUCCUGUUUAUCGAUUUCGUCAUGGGCACUUUACCUGACUGGUGGAAUGGUGAAAGCGACGGAAGGCGCCAGGCUCCGUACGUCAAGCCGGAGCGAUGGCACACUGAGCUUCUGGAAGCGGGAUUCACUGGAGCAAUGUGCGUGACGCUAGACCACAAGCCCCCAUAUCAGCAGAGUGCCAAUAUAAUCUCCCGUCGACCCGCCGAGUAUGUGCCGGCACAAAAGGUCACACUCCUCUCAGUCAGCGCCGAAAGCACUAUUCCAUGGGAGAAAAGGCUGGAGGAAACACUUUUGAAACAGGGUUACCACGUAGAUUGGGCCACACUGCAGUCGCUACCCGCGAAUACAGAAUGUCUCAUCUCUCUCCUCGAUCUGCAUGCACCCGUGAUGCAUGACAUGAACGAGACGCAGUUUGAGGAGCUGAAGGAUUUAUUCUCAAUGAGUUCCAAGGUACCGCUCAUUCAUCUAACGCGCAGUGUGCAAACCACCUGUCAGGACCCUAGGUUGGGUCUUGUCCUGGGGUUUUCUCGAACUUUGCGAAGGGAGAUAGUUGGGAAGAUCGUCACUGUUGAGCUUGAUGCAUUGAAUGACGAAACGUGUAAAGCGAUCGUGGACAUAUAUCACCGAACACGACAGAGAGUCCCGAAGGAGGCGCUGAUAGACGACGAAUAUGUGAUUCAGAAUGGCCAGGUCUAUACUAGCCGAGUUCACUGGCACACGCUCAGAAGUCAAUUGGAAGAAGACCCUGACUUGAAGGCAGGACGCUGCUUGUCUGUUAAACGGUAUGGGCUUGUUGAUAGCCUAAAUUGGGUAGCUAUACCAGAUGCAAAGCCGCUGCUCGAGCCCACAGAGAUUGAGAUAGAUGUCCAUUACGUUGGCCUGAACUUUCGGGAUCUCAUGGUUGCUCUCGGUGUUAUGGGUGAAGCAAAUGAGCUUGGAAUUGAAGCAAGUGCUACGGUGCGUAAGGUCGGCGACAAGGUCACGCGGUUCAAAGCUGGGGAUCGAGUGGUGGUCUGUGGUAAGGGUCUUUUUCGAACACGGGCGCGCUUUCAGGAGCACGAAUGUACCAAGAUUCCUCCAGGGCUGUCUUUAGAGGACGCGGCGACGGUCUCAGCGGUAUACGCGACAGCGUUUUACGCCUUGAUAACUGUCGGUCAAAUACAGCCAGGCCAGACUGUUCUCAUUCAUUGUGCCACGGGGGGUGUGGGCUUGGCCGCCAUUCACAUAUGCCAGGAAAUUGGCGCAACCAUCUAUGCCACUGCAGGGUUGCCUGAAAAACGUGAAUAUCUGCAUACCGAGUAUGGUAUUCCCACACAGAACAUUUUCACCUCUCGAGACGAUUCCUUUCGUCAAGGGGUCAUGAGCAGAACAGCUGGAGCAGGGGUAGAUUUGGUUCUAAACUCACUGGCCGGAAGCCUGCUUCAUGCAUCGUGGCAGUGUGUUGCCAAGUUUGGCAAAAUGGUCGAGUUAGGGAAGCGAGACUUUCUUGCGCGCGGAAGCUUGAGCAUGGAUCUUUUCAACGGCAAUAGGUCCUUUUUUGGUGUCGACAUGUUGAGCAUCAUGGCAGAACAGCCUAGUGUGUCACAGCGAUUGAUGGAGCAAUUCGUUGAGUGGUACAAGGGCAAUAAAGUACAACCGCUCCGACCGACUCGACUAUUUGCAGCCAGCGAAAUAGCUGAGGCUUUCAAGUAUAUGCAAAGUGGGAAGCACAUGGGCAAAAUCGUGAUCAGAAUGCCAACAGUGGGAGACGGAUUGUCUACAAGUCCAGCCAAGAUUCCUGUGACUCUAUCGGAAAACAAGUCGUACUUGCUGGCCGGUGGACUGGGUGGCCUUGGGCGCGCCGUGGCGAAUUGGCUCGUCGAGAAUGGAGCCCGACACCUGAUCUUUCUCUCGCGGUCAGCUGGUCGGCGGGCGGAUCAUGAGCAAUUCGCUCGUGAACUAGACCGACAGGGCUGUAUGGUCGAGAUGGUUUCCGGAGACGUGGCGCGGCUACAGGAUGUCAAGGUAGCUCUUUCCAAGGCCGCCGGGCGGGCAAUUGGAGGAGUCAUUCAACUGUCCAUGGAUGUUAGCUUGGCUAAGAUGACGCAUAGUCAGUGGCUGCAAUCCAUUAGACCCAAGGUCGAUGGCACCUACAAUCUUCAUUGGGCAUUAGAGGCGCACGAAUCAAGCCUCGAAUUUUUUGUCUUGUUCAGUUCUCUGGCCGGCGUGGUUGGCACAGUAGGGCAAUCAAACUAUGCAGCGGCUAACGCCUUCUUGGAUGCCUUCGUACUGUAUCGUCGGCAGCUAGGCCGCGUCGCGUCGGUGCUAGAUCUGGGUCUCGUGGAGGACAUUGGAUGCAUGCAUCAGGACCACCAGGCCACGUUGAACCGUGCGCGGUCGACAGCAGCGCGUCUCAUUCGUGAGGAAGAUGUUGUGAACGCACUCCAUGUAGCCAUUCUGUCCGGCAGAUCGCCACCAGAUCCCGCAAAGAUGGUCUCAGGUGUGAUGAUGGUCGGGGCGAGUGCCGUGAAGCCCCUCUCGGCGCCAGGCGUGACACCCUUGUGGGGCCCGGAUAUCAGGUUUUCCACCUAUGAGAACCUGCAGGGGCAAGUGGAACGAGAUCUUGAAACAGACAAAAUGGACCUGAAGGGGUUCUUCUCCGAGAUUCAGAGUAACCCAGAUCUGCUAGAUGAUCCUGCCACGGAAUUACGCAUUAUGUCCGAGCUGUGCAAUUUGAUCAACGCUCAUAUGUCUCGCGAUGGAAGAGAGAGCGAAGAUAUGGCGACUAUCCCGAUCGACUCGUUGAUGUCGAUCGAAAUUCGAAAUUGGUUUCGCAGGCAACUCGGGAUGGAGAUCAGUCUGACAGAGAUCUCGAAAGCGGGCACCGUUGGUGGGCUCAGUCGCGUGUGUGUGGCUACACUCAAAGAGAGGUAUGCUGCGCUGAGUAAAGGCACAGAGACUGUUGAGAAAGAAAGCAAGUAG